CACUGCCAUGCAAACGAGCUUCUCGGCUCGUGGUGACGUCACUGCCAUGCAAACGAGCGUCUCCGUUCGCGGUGACGUCAAUCCCGCGAGUGAGACAUUCGUUUGGGAUGACGUCGAAACACCAUCAUUUGUUAACAUGAACUUUUUUAAAGCCCAUACGCAGCGUAAUGAUAUACAAACGCGUUGAGUUUAUUUUAUUUAUUGUGCACCGCUGCUCAAUGUGGUCCCGUAUCCCGAAAUGAUCGAAUAACGUUUGUGAGAAUUUUAUUGUUUUAUAUUUUAAUAUUUUAUUGUUUCCCUUCUACGUGACUUUACCGAAAGAACCAAGAAUAUGAAUCCCUGCAGUCACGAAAACUUUAAAUCAAAAUAUGAUCGAAUAACCUUUGGGUGGAAUCAUGUCUACGGGUACCGAGCGGUCGGAGGGGGUCACGUGAUUUCACAAACGCGUUUGGUAAAGCGGCUCGCCGCUCAUUAACGAUUUGCAGUGACGCGUUGAAGCGGAUGGCAAAUUUUUAUAUAACGCUCGCGAUUUUCUAAACGUUUGUAUCUUUCUUUAUUAACGUACGGCCAAUGCAAUACAUACGCCUCUAAUAGCAGCGGCGGCUCGGCGAAACAGCAAAAAAAAACGGAGACUCGAUCACAAAAUAAUAACGUGGCUUCAAUUGAAUCCUGCCAUGAUGACCACCACCAUCAUCACCACCGCCACCAUCAUACUUAUCAUCAUACCGGGGGUGAUGACCCUCGAUUCAGACAGCAGCAGCACGCUCUCCGCGGAGGAGAAAUCACGUCUACGGGAGCAGGUGUUGGAGAUGUUUGACCACGCAUACGGGAGCUACAUGACUCGGGCAUUCCCGGAUGACGAGCUCAUGCCGCUGAGCUGCCGGGGUCGCGACCGCGAGCGUGAGCCGAGCCGCGGGGACGCUGACGACGCACUCGGACGAUUCUCUCUGACUCUCAUCGACUCCCUGGACACGCUGGUGGUGCUGGAUCGGCUGGAGGAGUUCGACAGAGCCGUGCGCAAGGUGCUCAGCACCGUGCGUCUGGACAGCGAUAUCGUCGUGUCCGUCUUCGAGGCGAACAUACGGGCGCUGGGGGGCCUCCUGGGAGGUCACGUGAUGGCGGCCAUGUUGCGCGGGAAGGGGGGCGGCCACAUGGCGUGGUACCGCGACGAGCUGCUGCUCAUGGCCUCCGAGCUAGGCCGGAGACUCCUGCCGGCAUUCAACACGAGCAGCGGCCUCCCCCACCCUCGGGUGAACCUCGCCCACGGUGUCGCCGGCGGGGAGAGCGGCGCCGGCGCGGAGGAGGCCACCUGCACGGCGUGCGCUGGCUCCUUCAUCCUGGAGUUCGCGGCGCUCAGCCGGCUCACCGGGGAGCCCGAGUUCGAGGAGCGAGCGCGCCGCGCGCUGGACUUCCUGUGGGAGCGGCGGGAGAGGAGCAGCGACCUCGUGGGCACCGUCAUCAACAUCCACACGGGGGAGUGGGUUCGCCGCGACAGCGGCGUGGGCGCCGGGAUCGACUCGUACUACGAGUACCUGCUCAAGGCCUACGUCCUGCUGGGAGACGAGGAGCUCCUCCUCCGCUUCAACGCCCACUACGCGUCCAUCAUGCGCUGGGUGAGCCAGCCGCCCCUGCUGCUCGACGUCCACAUGCACGAGCCGGAAGUGGCGGCGCGCGGCUGGAUGGACGCCCUGCUCGCAUUCUUCCCAGGCCUGCAGGUCCUCAAGGGCGACCUCCGGCCGGCCAUCGAGACCCACGAGAUGCUGUACCAGCUGACCCAGCGACAUCACUUCCUCCCAGAGGCCUUCACGACGGAGUUGCAUGUGCACUGGCCUCAGCACCCCCUCCGGCCCGAGUUUGCCGAGAGCACCUACUUCCUGUACAAGGUGAGGCCCGAGUUUGCCGAGAGCACCUACUUCCUGUUCAAGGUGAGGCCCGAGUUUACCGAGAGCACCUACUUCCUGUACAAGGUGAGGCCCGAGUUUGCCGAGAGCACCUACUUCCUGUACAAGGUGAGGCCCGAGUUUGCCGAGAGCACUUACUUCCUGUUCAAGGUGAGGCCCGAGUUUGCCGAGAGCACCUACUUCCUGUACAAGGUGAGACCCGAGUUUGCCGAGAGCACCUACUUCCUGUUCAAGGUGAGGCCCGAGUUUACCGAGAGCACCUACUUCCUGUUCAAGGUGAGGCCCGAGUUUGCCGAGAGCACCUACUUCCUGUUCAAGGUGAGGCCCGAGUUUGCCGAGAGCACUUACUUCCUGUUCAAGGUGAGGCCCGAGUUUGCCGAGAGCACCUACUUCCUGUUCAAGGUGAGGCCCGAGUUUGCCGAGAGCACUUACUUCCUGUUCAAGGUGAGGCCCGAGUUUGCCGAGAGCAACUACUUCCUGUACAAGGUGAGGCCCGAGUUUACCGAGAGCACCUACUUCCUGUUCAAGGUGAGGCCCGAGUUUGCCGAGAGCACCUACUUCCUGUACAAGGUGAGGCCCGAGUUUGCCGAGAGCACCUACUUCCUGUACAAGGUGAGGCCCGAGUUUGCCGAGAGCACCUACUUCCUGUACGAGGUGAGGCCCGAGUUUGCCGAGAGCACCUACUUCCUGUACGAGGUGAGGCCCGAGUUUGCCGAGAGCACCUACUUCCUGUUCAAGGUGAGGCCCGAGUUUGCCGAGAGCACCUACUUCCUGUACAAGGUGAGGCCCGAGUUUGCCGAGAGCACCUACUUCCUGUACAAGGUGAGGCCCGAGUUUGCCGAGAGCACCUACUUCCUGUACGAGGUGAGACCCGAGUUUGCCGAGAGCACCUACUUCCUGUUCAAGGUGAGACCCGAGUUUGCCGAGAGCACCUACUUCCUGUACGAGGUGAGGCCCGAGUUUGCCGAGAGCACCUACUUCCUGUACGAGGUGAGACCCGAGUUUGCCGAGAGCACCUACUUCCUGUUCAAGGUGAGACCCGAGUUUGCCGAGAGCACCUACUUCCUGUACGAGGUGAGACCCGAGUUUGCCGAGAGCACCUACUUCCUGUUCAAGGUGAGACCCGAGUUUGCCGAGAGCACCUACUUCCUGUUCAAGGUGAGACCCGAGUUUGCCGAGAGCACCUACUUCCUGUACGAGGUGAGACCCGAGUUUGCCGAGAGCACCUACUUCCUGUUCAAGGUGAGGCCCGAGUUUGCCGAGAGCACCUACUUCCUGUACAAGGUGAGGCCCGAGUUUGCCGAGAGCACCUACUUCCUGUUCAAGGUGAGGCCCGAGUUUGCCGAGAGCACCUACUUCCUGUUCAAGGCGACGGGAGACCCGCACUACUUAGAGGUCGGCCGCUCCAUCGUGGACAACCUCAACGCCCACGCACGUGUGCCGUGCGGGUUCGCCGGCGUGCGGGACGUCCGCACGGGGACGCACGAGGACAGGAUGGAUUCCUACUUCCUGGCGGAGACUUUCAAGUACCUGUACCUGCUCUUCACGGACGACGCCGACGUGCCCUUUGACCUGGGAGCGUUCGUCUUCACCACGGAGGCUCACCUGCUGCCCCUCGGCCUGCCGCCACUGCGGGGGAGGCUCCGGCGGGAUCGUUGGGGUCACGGAGGGCCCGCAAAGGGGCGACGAGGUCAAAGGGCGGCGGGAAAUGAUACGGAGGCCACGUGGCACGGAGGGGGCCCCGCGUGGACGUGUCCCAACGUGCGGGAGACGCUGCCCGGCGGUGACGACUUCGCCGGCGCCAUCCGCCGCUCCUACAGGAACCUGCACGGCGGCGGGGGGCGGGACGGGGCGCCCCCCUCGGACGGACACUCCUCUCCGCCGGCGGCGAUGGCGGAGGGUCCGGGUCCGCCGAGCGCCGCGGGGUUCGACCCGGGCAGCGUGCAGCAGCUGGAGGCCCUGCGGAGGAUGGGCAUCGCGCUGGAGGGGCUGCCUGACGGGCGCAUGCAGCUCCACCACAACGAGCGGCGCGCCGAGAGCGGGCGCCUGGCGGAGGACGGCGCGCGGUUCAUGCGGGACAUGGCGGAGCACCGGCGGUUCACGCCGGCGCGGGCCGUGCAGCUCGUGUCGCCGCCGUUCCUGGGCCGCGUGGUUCUGUCUGCGGCUCCGGCACAGUUCGGCCUGGACCUGGCCAAGGAGCAGCACGGGGUGAAGGGCUCGCUGGCACUGAGCGACCCCCCGCUUGCGUGCUCGCCACUGUCCAACGGCGCCGCGGUGGCGUCCCGCGUGGUGCUCGUGCGCCGGGGGGAGUGCACGUUCGCCGAGAAGGCGCGCAACCUGCGGCACGCCGGCGCCCGCGGGGGCAUCGUCAUCGACGACACAAUGGGCAGCAGCAGCGACACGGCGGCGCCGUUCCAGAUGGCGGCGGACGGCGCCGGCGUGGAGGAGCUGUCGGCGCUGCCGCUGGUGUUCGUGUUCCAGCGCGAGGGCGCCGUGCUGACGCGCGCCCUCGGCGGGGCACGCAACGUCGAGGUGCUGCUCACCGUGCGGGCUCGCGCGCUCGCCGACCUCAGGGAAGACUUCCUCGACGAGGAGGAGGAGGAGGGAGACGGUCAGAGUGAGCGGGAGGAGGAAGAGGAGGAAGAAGAAAAGCCACAGCAUCACUAGAAGCUUCGUCGUGCCGAUAACGGAAACAAAAUCAAAAGUGACGUCCUGUUCCAAUGGGUAUCGGUGCUCUGAUCUCCUGUUUACAGCCAGUGGUUGGAAACUCCACGUUCCACGUGCGGCGGUGGGCGAGCCUCCCCAUAAGACGGCUGCUGACCACCCCACAAAGUGGCACAGGGACUCCUCGACUUACGGACAGUCGACUUACGAACUUUCAGAGAUACGAGAAAAACCCCGUCCCGUACCUCCAGUUGCCUGUUCAAACCCGAGAGUCGUAAGUUCAACCGCCGCGCAAUAGAUGGGGGGGGUGGUGGCAUCUACACCUACAGGCGAUUGUACAACUUUUAAAGCCACUCGCCGUGUUUAGUGUGCACGCCGUACAACACGUUUUGAAUCGACGGGAGCAAAGUUGCACUUACGAACAAAUCGACUUAACGAACGGGCCUCUGGAACAUGACUCGUUCGUAAGUAGAGGAGUCCCUGUCCUCAUUUUGGCAACCCCGCAGGGAGGAAUGAUGAGCUGAGCAGUUGCCAUUGCGAGCCGCCCACUCUACCGCACCUCCGAUUAGCACGGUGGGCUGCCUACGGUGUGCGAAAGAGAUUCAACACCACGCACGCACGUACAACUGGAGGCCCCGCUGACUGACCGCGUGUCCGUGGCACAGCAUGCUGGCCACAAAUACCAGAGAGCAGGGAGCAGCGUGUUUCACACGGAGGCUUUCGCGACCAAUAUCGUCCAUAAUAGAGGUUUUUUUUUCCGGGUUAAAUUGCGUAAAUAUAUAAAUGCUGUGUCGUUUAAAACCCGCCACCACCCGACACAGCCAACUGGUAAG